AUGGCGCCUGUGCAGAGCGGGGCGAAGAAGAAACGGCCGCCAACGUUCCAACACUUUCCGGAGAAAAGAGCAAGGGCUCUGAAGAAAACUUGGGUCGAGACUGCCAAAAUUAAGAGCCAAUGGAAAGCAGAGAAACGGAAAGCCAAUUUGCUCGGUGCUGCUCGACCGGCGCAAGAUGAUGUUGAAGAAGAUGGAAACGACUCAGAAGUACAAGACGACCUCGCGGACUCGCAGGUCACGAGCAACCAGUCGAAGCGAGAUCCCCAGACAUUCAUAGCUGAGGCAAUACCGCAUCGUGAUUCACAACCUUCAGGUUCCAUGUCUUUACCGAAGCGAAAUAAAUCAUCUCACUCCCAUCCGCAAACUCAUCCUCGGCAAGGCAGUUCCAGUCACAGCAGUGCGCAGAAGCCACCCAAAGCCCCAGCCCCACAUCCAUCGAAUAGGCAGGCAACUGGGCGUACGAAGCAGAAGCCGACUUUUACACACACACGACAUGGACAGCCGAACAUGGGUCUGCGCAUGGGGGCGAUGCUGGAGAAGAUCAAGAAAGACUUCGCAUGA